GGGGUCUGCGGCAGGGGUGGGCGCGCUCAGUGCGGCGUUUCCUGGUCCCUUCUCUGCGCGGCUGCAGCUCCGGCCUUCGCCCUGACCCAGCCCGGCCAUGGCUUCAGCUUUGGAAGAGCUACAGAAAGAUCUAGAAGAGGUAAAGAUGUUGCUGGAAAAGGCCACUAGGAAAAGAGCACGUGAUGCCCUUACAGCUGAAAAAUCCAAGAUUGAGACAGAAAUCAAGAACAAGAUGCAACAGAAAUCUCAGAGGAAGGCAGAACUUCUUGAUAGUGAAAAGCCAGCUGCUGUGGUUGCUCCCAUUACAACAGGAUAUACAGUGAAAAUCAGUAAUUAUGGAUGGGAUCAGUCAGAUAAGUUUGUGAAAAUCUACAUUACCUUAACUGGAAUUCAUCAAGUUCCCACUGAGAAUGUGCAGGUACAUUUCACAGAGAGGUCAUUUGAUCUUUUGGUGAAGAAUCUAAAUGGGAAGAGUUACUCUAUGAUUGUGAACAAUCUUUUGAAACCCAUCUCCGUGGAAGGCAGUUCAAAAAAAGUCAAGACUGAUACAAUUAUUAUCUUAUGUAGAAAAAAAGCAGAAAACACACGGUGGGACUACCUGACUCAGGUUGAAAAAGAGUGUAAAGAGAAAGAAAAGCCCUCCUACGACACUGAAACAGAUCCUAGUGAGGGAUUGAUGAAUGUUCUAAAGAAAAUUUAUGAAGAUGGAGAUGAUGAUAUGAAGCGAACCAUUAACAAGGCCUGGGUGGAAUCAAGAGAGAAGCAAGCCAAAGGAGACACAGAAUUUUGAGAUUUUAAAGUCAUUUUGGGAACUGUGAUGUGGAAAUACUGAUGUUUCCAAUAAGGGAAUGUUGGUGAGCUCCACCUAUAAAUUUGACAGAUAACUACUUACAUGCCUUCUUCUAAGUAAAGGCAGUGAAUUUGCCAUUUCCUUCUGGAGGAUUUAUUUAAAUAAAAUAUGCUUAUUAAAUACUUCCUCCAAAGAUGAUUUCAUUAGUACCCUGCUCAUUUUGUUCAAGAAAGGGUUAUAUUGCAUUCUGAUGUGAAAUGUAAAAAGCAAGUCUUACCUAAUGUAAACGCUAUGUUGUGUAUAAUUUGUUCAGCUAAGAGAAAACAAGUAUUUGUUUGCCUUUAAGUUACUGACCCCAGCUCCCUCCAAUGUAAGAAUAAGUAAGAGUAAAACUUGAAUUUUUGCAUAAAAUGCAAAUUUGUACCUGUGCUUGAAGGUUGCUAGUGGAGUGGUUGAUCCCUUAUUGCCAGCUUAAGCAGUGCAUAUACCAUGCAUUACCAUGCACUAAUAAUCCAAUCAUAAGUGUUUCUACCUAGAUUUAAAUAUAUUUGUUUAUGAAUGUGGAAUUGAAACUAAAUCUAAACGUAAAAGAAUAGACAAGCAUCUUUGUAUAGUACCAUGUAGUAAGUUUUGCCAUGGAUCAGAUGGUUUACAAAAGUAAUAACCAUAAAGCAAAAAUAGUUAAUUUGAAAACCCAUCUAUUCUUGGGUUCGAUAAAGUUAAUUUUUUAUUCAGUAGAAUAGUUUUACUAUGUUUGUCCAGAAGUAUAUCAGAAAAGUCAAGCUUUUAGAAGGAAUUGUUUGUUUUAGGGAGAAUUAUUUAUUUUCCCUAAAAUCAGGAGCCAGAGAAAGGUGCCUGUGGUCUCCAUUACUACAUUGUACUGGAGGUAUUAGCCAGUGCAGUUAGAUAAGAGAAAGCAAACACAUAGAGGAAAAACCCAAAAGAAUCAACCAAACCUACUGCAGCUUAUAUGAGAAUUUGGUAAAAGUGGUAGGAUUUAAAAUUAACAUACAGAAAUAGCUUAUAAAUAGGAUAGCUGUUAGCAAAUAUUGAAACAUUAUAAUGCGUCUGUAAUUGAGGUGUUGGCACAUGAAUAAACAGGCCAAAUGGUACAGAACAGAAAAACAAUACAUGUGUAAGUUUUAGAGUACAGUAAAAGUGGCAUUUCAAAACAGUGGAGGCAAGAUGGGUUUUUAAGGAUAUUCAGUUAAGUAAGAAUAGCCAUAUGGAUACAUUCCAAACAGAUCAAAGGUAGAAAUGUAAAAAUGGAAGCAUACAAGUACUAGGAGACAUGGAUGGAGUUCCAUUAUAACCCAAGAGUGGAGGAAAACUACACUAUGUGGCUUAAAAUCUAAAAGGAAUAAAACUAAAUAUUGAUCAGUUUUAACUACAUAAAAAUAAAUGUUUACAUGGCAUAAAUGUUUACAUGGCAAGAUAAACCCCAUAACCAAAAACAAAUGACACAUUGAGAGGAUUCCAAAAACUAUGAACAAACAGUUCAUAGAAAAAGAAAUGUAAAUGACUUUUCAGCAUGAAAAGAUGCUCACCUUGUUGAGAAGAGAAAUGCUAAAAAAGCCAGUUUUUUUUUUUUUUUUUUUUUUUUUACCAAUUCACUGGACAAACUCCUGAAGUUUAAAAUUGAUCAUAUGAAGUGUUAAGGCUAUGGAGAAAUAGGGACACAUAAAUGAGAAUGGAAUGAAAAGGUUGAAACUCAUAUGGAGGGGUAUUUGGUAUCUAACAAUUACAUGUGCAUUUAUGCUCUGACUCAAAAUUCUACUUCUAGGCUCUAUCUGAAAGAUACAUUGCCAAAGAUUUGGAAUGAUAUAUGCAAAAGAUUGGAAACACCCAAAUAUCUAAUAAUGGGACUAGUUGAACAUAUUGUGGUAGAUCCACAUAAGGGAAUAUUUACAGUCAUAAAAAGAAAUGGUGAUCUCUGCAUGCUGAUGUAGAAUGAUCACCAGGAUAGAAUAAUUGGAAAAGCAAAGUGCAGAAGGUUAUUUAUGGUAUAUGUACUGCCCUUUUGUAAGAAAAGGUGAGAAAUGUGAAUACAUACACAUACAUAUAUAUUUGCAUUUCAAAAAAACUGGGAGAGUAAACCCAAAACUAAUAAAAAUCAUUACUGAUAGGGGAAGGAAGGAGAUGGGAGUGGAAGCAAUACUUAACGUGAAUAUACCUUUUUCUACAGUUUUGACUUUAGAACCAUCUGAAAUGGAAAUAAUUGAAAAAGUAAGUAAAAAAUAACCCUUGUUAUAACACCAAGGUUAAGGGUUUGAAUCCCUGCACCAACAAGCUGCUGCUCCCCCACCCCCAAAAUAAAAAAAAUUAAAAAACCCCAAAACCAUAAUACUUGAAAGACAAACCUAACAUGUCUUAGUUCAUUUUUGCUGCUAUGUCCAAAUACCUUAGACUGAACAAUUUAUAGAAAUUUAUUUCUUACAAUUCUGGAGGCUGGGAAGUCUAAGAUCAGGGUAACUGCAGAUUUGGUGUCUGAUAAGGGUUUGCUUUCUGCUUCCAAGAUGCCUUCUCAUAGUACUCUCAUGUGGUGGAAGGGUAAAAGGGACAAACUCACUCCCUGGAGCCCUAAGGGCAUUAAUCCUAUCCAUGAGCGUGGAGCUCACUUGGCCUAAUCACUUCCAAAAGGCUCCACCUCUUAAUGCUGUUACAUUGGAAAUUAAGAUUCAACAUGAAUUUUGGAGGAACACAUUCAAACCAAAUCUAUCAAUUUGGCAGCAGUAUAAACAAGUUUCUUUCAAAUAACUUUAAAUCACAGGAAUUUCAACAGUCCAUUGUAGUGAAAUGGAUUCUAAAGACAGAAUCAAGUCUUAAACUGAUUCUGGAGUCUUAAACUACAAUUUGUUAAUAUUGUUAUUAGUAAGUUAGUAGCAUAUUGAAACUUAAAGUAUUUUAUGAUAAAGAUAAACAGGUUAAUGUCAUUAGUUGAUAAGAUUUUCAUGUAAAAGAGAAAAUCAGUAUAAACUCACCAUUUUUAUCUUUAAAAAACAAUUUUCUAGCAAGGCCCACCAAAAGGACAUAAAUGUAAUAAUGACUUCAGUAGCAGUGAGCACCCCGUAGUGCUCAGUGUGAUCUCUAAACUAAACACCAUUUCCUACUAAAAGGACUAGGGACUCUUGAAAAAAGUCUUGAGGCAGGAAAUGUACAAGGUAGGCCUGGGUUACCUUAUUCUAGAAAGCAAGAAAUAUUAAAUAAUCCUGUACCAAGGCAACAGGGUACAGGAGUCAAGGGACUCCCAUUGAUAAUGCGAGUAUCGAAAAGAAUAAAGACUGGAGUGGAUUGAAACAUUAAGUGUAUACAAAAUCUGUAAUUUCAUAAGUGAAAAAUAAAUGAUUUGUUACCAUUUUCA